GAUGUGGUUAUAUUACACUAUAACGCUGAGCUCCAUCAGAAGACACGCUGCGUUGCCAUGGCCAGAAAGAAACUGAAACAGCAAGGGAUUGUGGGAUUGAACCAGGCGCCCUGCCUACAGGGUCUGCUUCAACAGCUGCCCAACAUGCUACAGGACCAGUACCUAUCAGAAAAGCCAAUGGUGGUGUCCGGCCAUCAGCUGGUACACAGCUCCUACCUACAAUGUCUGGCCUCUCUGGCUGUGGGGCUGUCUUUGGAGCAUGUCCUGUGUCACAACCAGACACUUAUACAUCACCAGCACAAUGCAGAAGACCAGGAUCUGUUGGUGACAGAGUGGCAAUGGCUCCUCUCCUACUCCGCAGCCAUCAAGUCUGCUGAUGCACUCGCUCAACGAACGCCAUUCCCAGACUCCUUCAAAAGACUCAACAAGGACACCAGGAAUGGAGGAUCUGUUCCGAUGGACAAUGGUCGCUGGGAUUUGAACAUGGACACACAAAUCAUGUUGUGGGCAUUACAGCGUCCUGAGGACUGGCAGCUGGGAGGCAAGUGUGAGGUGUUCCUUUGGGGAAGUGGUCGCCAUGGCCAGAUCUGUGAGGGUGGCCGAGCAUCCUUCGUACCCACCAAAGUCUCCUCAUUCUCUUGUGCUCAAAAGGUGAUUUGUGGGCAAAACUGUACAUUUGUGAUCCAAAGUAAUGGUACAAUUCUGGCUUGUGGAGAGGGCAGCUAUGGCCGUCUGGGACAGGGCAACUCGGAUGACCACCAUGCCCUUACCGCCAUCUCCUCACUUCAGGGGUUUGUGGUGAUACAGCUAGCGACUUCAGUGGGGUCAGAUGGUCAUAGCCUCACUCUUACAGAAAGCGGUGAGGUGUUCAGCUGGGGUGAUGGCGACUAUGGCAAGUUGGGACAUGGCAACAGUGACAGACAGCGCCGCCCACGACAGAUAGAGGCACUGCAGAGGGAGGAAAUUGUUCAG